CUGACAGUGCGAGGACAGUACCGGACAAUAUAGGCUUCUCUCGCACGCAAUUCGAUUCUCCUGAGCCGGCCAUACCGAGGUGUAUGGCCCCUUAUCCAUUAGAGAUGAAUCCGGUUGGCCUACCCCAGUCCCACGAGAUAAAACUUCUCCAGAAAGAUGAGUCGGAUACGGAAAGUGAUGAGCUUCAACCCAAAGACAUGACAACCGACAAAGGAUACAAAAACAAGACGAGCAGCCUUCCAUUCAGUGUCGAAUCGUUGAUUUCCAAGAAGACAUCGUGCCGGACUUUCUAUUCUUCUUCCUCCUCGGAACUGGGGCUGGUUCAGCCGAAGCCUGUGGCUGCGGUGCAAAGCAGACAGUUCUCGCCAAGGACUUAUUACGCAGAGAGGAAAGUUUCCCCGGAGAGCUCGCGGAUCGUAUCGGACUGUGCGAAUGACGACAGUCAAGAUUUUUGUGAGAAAGACCAGAGCACUUGGUUCCAGACUUCAUCUUUCUCUACUCCUCCUCGAAACGCAAGUCCACCUCCAUGUCCAUUAAGAAAACAUAAAAACAACCGAAAACCUCGAACGCCCUUCACUACUUCCCAGUUGCUCGCGCUGGAGAGGAAGUUCCGACAGAAGCAGUAUCUGUCCAUCGCAGAGCGAGCUGAAUUCUCCAACUCCCUCAAUCUGACCGAGACUCAGGUCAAAAUUUGGUUCCAAAACCGGAGAGCUAAAGCCAAGAGACUUCAGGAGGCCGAGCUGGAAAAGUACAAACUGGCUUCGAAACCCAUGCUACCUGCCUUCGCACUGCCAUUCCCCCUGGGAGCGCACAUUGGCUCUCCAUCUCUCUACGGACAUUCUAACGCCUACCCCAGGCCCACUUUACCGGUCCCGGGACUAUUUGGUGGACCUGUCACCUAUGGAAUGUAUUAUUUGUCUUAGAUUGUGUAUUUACAUAGGAGAGAAAAUUAUACGUCGUUUAUUCGCCUUCAAAAAGGCCUCUGGUUGGAACUCUUAACUUAAUCCCCCUAACUAAAACAUGGAAACCGUUCCCGAAAGUUCAUAUCAUAUUCCAAUAAAGUUUGUAUAUUUUUAUAGAAGGCGCACAUUGUGUUUACGGAGUAGACCUACCUUAGAGAUAAUUGUUAAGAGACAUGUUGUAGCCUAUACACUCAUCGAAGUCAAACAGGUCAAUACUUGUGGGGUAUUUUCUCACAGCCUUAGAAAUUAUUAUAGCCUAAUGUUGGCCAUAUUCAUAUUGGAAAGGGUGAGACAAUUUUAUACCAAAAGCCUGUUCCUUAUUUUGUAUAUGUGAAACGAUUUCUGAUUUAGUUGAGAAAUGAUCAAUUAUCACGUUUUAGGCAAUGCAGUGGUAUUUCAACACAACAUAUUUGCCAUCUGCAAACAAAAGCAUAUCUGACUGAUCACUAGACCAGUUUCUGUUUUUGUUUCUGUUUCAAUGUUACACAGGUAAGGCAUGGACAUAAGUUUGUGUGAAUAGACAACUUCAAUAUUAUAAUAUAGGCCUGUGCGCCAUGCAACGAAAAAGUACUUAAAACGGCCUUAAAAGUGCCUUGAAAUACCAACUAUUUUGAGCUUUCAAAAUAGUUUACUUGAACUGUAAAAUGUCUCAUUUAUUUCAUUUGUUCAAUAGGCCUAUUGACAAUUGUUUUUACAUUCCUUUUCAGAGCAGAUCUUGACCAACAGAGUUAUGCAUGUGUACAUUUGCCGUAUUUCAAUUUGCAAUAUGCUAGCUCUUUGCAGUUUUUAGGUACUUUAGAAAACACAUUUAUAAUAUUUUUACGAUUACACCGAGGCCUUAAAACCAAUUACAAAUGAGAGAUUUUUAUGAUAUGAAAUUGGAUUCUAUUUUCAAGAAAUAUAAAUAAUAUCAUUGUAAAUAGUGUUCAUGUCCUGCUAUCUUGUUUGAAGAAUAUGCAGGAAUGUUGGUAUUUAUUAAAUAUCUCUGUAUCUGUACUGUGUACAUACAUGGUCUUAUUUUAAUUCUUCAGUUAUUACCUGUUAAA